CGGAGGCGCGAGGUGCGUUGCUGACGCGGCGCCUCGACUCGCAACUUCGCUCAAAGUCCUCGUCCUCUCCGAUAAACCACCGCCACCACCACCACCGCAUCAUCCACUGACGUGGACAACACAGCCUCCACAACUAGCACACAACGACAACAACGUCGACCACGACGGAGGCGUUGCAAGCGUUCCGACCGUCGGGAGUCGUCGCAGCUCGCGAGAAGUGAGCGAGUGGGAGGGGACAAGCGGAACGGCAACACCGCGGGGGCAAGCGCCGGGCCCUCCCAUCACCACCAACAACAACAACAACCAUCGCCCCGUCGCCGCACUUCGCCAGCCCCCCCCCCCAACAGCGCGCGGGGAAAUUUCGUCAAAAUUUUUUUUUUAUAAAAAAUAUUUUAUUUUCAAAAUUAUUCCUUUUUCCGAGCCCGAAGCCAAACUACUAGAAUCGUCAAUUUCACUAGUUACUUAAACCCCCAUUUUUUUCUUUCGACCGUACAUUUCCUCCAAUUGUUUUUCGUUUCUUUGUUAAUUUCUUACUUACACAUUCCACUUUUGAGAUCUUCUGACCAUCUCCGCUCGAACAAUUCGCGCCCCUGCAAUGGGGACCCGUGGCACGCCGCGGCUACCGCUGCUGCUCCUCCUCCUCCUCCUGCUGCCGUCCUUGGCCUCGGCGCAGAACGACGAGUGGUACACGGCCUUCGUGAACGUGACGGUGGUGGACCCUCUGGCCUCCAACCGCAGCGUGGCGGCGCUGGGUGCGCCCCCCGCCGAGACGGGCCGCUACGGGGGCCACUCGCCCAAGGAGGACGCCCAGGGGCUGUUGCGGGUGCCUCUGCGCGGGGUGAACGCGUGCGGAGCGGGCAGCCGAUUCUUCGGGCCCGGCGAGACGCCGCCGGCACGCUGGGUGGCCCUGGUGGCACGCGGCAACUGCACGUUCCGGGAGAAGAUCGGGAGGGCGCGCAACCAGAGCGCGUCCGCCGUGCUCGUGUACAACCUGCCCGACACGGACGGGGAAGUGGUCACCAUGAACCACCAAGGUACGGGCGAUAUUGUGGCGGUGAUGAUCCCCUACUGGCAGGGUCAGAAGAUGCGGAUGCUCAUGAGGAACGCCACCCUUUGGGCGUUCAUCACCAAGGGCACACGCAACGUGCAAUACACGCGCGGGCCCUCCGUCGUGUUCGUCUCCGUCUCCUUCAUCCUGCUCAUGAUCGUCUCGCUCGCCUGGCUCAUCUUCUACUACGUGCAAAAGUUCCGCUACGCCUCGGCUCGCAACCGCAACCAGCGCCGAUUGGAGGAUGCAGCCAAAAAGGCCAUUGGACAGAUCCCGUCGAAGACCAUCAAGAGGGGAGAUCGGGAGACUGAGACGGACUUUGACAACUGCGCCGUGUGCAUCGAGGAAUACAAGCCCAGCGAGGUGGUGCGGAUCCUCCCGUGCAAGCACAUGUUCCACAAGACCUGUGUGGACCCUUGGCUCGUGGACCACAGGACAUGUCCCAUGUGCAAGCUCAACAUCCUCAAGGCUUUAGGCAUACUGGUUAACGAGGAGGAGUGCGGCGGCGAGGAAGAGCUGGGGGUCGGGGCCAGCGGGGGCACGGGCAGCCACGGGCGGGUGGCCGACGGCAUCCUGGGCACGGCCGACCCCAACGCCCACACGAACCAGGCGUUCGUGUCCGAGAGCAGCUCGGCGCAGAGCUCCCCACCCUACGAGCAGCCGCAGUCGCCCGUCAGCCCGCCGCCCCCGUCGUCGUCGUCGUCGCAGCAGCCGCCGCCGCCGUCGUCGCCGCUGUUGUCACCGCCGGCGCCCUGCAGCGAGCCGCCGUCCCCGCUGCCCCCCGUGGAGUCCCCGGAGCCUUACGCCCGCGCCCUGGCGGGCGCAGUGGAGGUGGAGAGGGUGUGCAUGGGCAGCCCGGACUCUUCUCCGUGUCAUGUGGAGAUCCGCUCCGUCCUCCCCGAGCUCAACGAAGCCCCGCAGUCUGACAACAAGCUCUGAACCCGGGGGGAAGGGGGCGGGAGGGGCAGCGGGGUGGGAGGGGGGGGUAUUGGUUGCACAGAAAGGUGAUAUUGGGAGCUACACAUCCCUUAAUUAAUUUCUUCUCUAACUCCCCAGCACACACUCCUGGUUUCCACAUCAAUCUGCCUCGUCUAUUCCCGCGUCUAGUUCCACGCGUCCGCUCAAGGCUGAAGGUGGAGGCGUGUAAGUCGCGGGGCUUGGGAACUAAGCCCCUUAAUGUGAGUGGUGGGUGAGAAAAUGGGGAGUUGUAAUUUGGAAGGGGCAUAUAUAGACAGGGUGGUGGUGGUGGUGGUGGUAACACCGUGUGAUAGCUGUAGGCUGUUUCACAGUGAGUGGGAAGCUUUUAGUUAUUUUGGGUGGAAAGGUGCAUAAUUUUAUUCAGGGCGAAUGGCAGCCCUCCGAUCGGCCUUGGGGAAUAGCGGGAGAAAAAUCCCGAACUGUAAAGUUAUUGAGAAACAAACACAUUAGCUCCAAUUGGUUUUUCAGGCUUUCUGAAGACACUUCAUGACGAUUAAACGGCUACAAUUCCUGUUUUAAAGACGACUCAAUGUAUGCAUGCCAUUUAAAUGACAUUUUAGUUUGCUGCUUUUUAGUUCACAAUUCUGCUCAUGAUUAAAUACUAUUCAUGGAACACUGGAUCAAUUGUAAGCCCUUUAAAUAUGAUUUUCAAUGUCAUGGUAAUGUCACAGCGGUAGAACGUACAAUAUCUUGCGUAUCGUAACAAUAAUGUAAUUCAUUUGUUCUAAUCUUUUUUUACAUAGCACAUUCAAUAUGCAAAUUAAACACCAAAUUUAACUUAUGGUUCACUGCAGGUAAACCAUAAAUGCAUAAAUAACUAUAAACGAGUGAUCGAGGCCUUGCGAUGAAUUGAAUUGGAAAGACACAUAAUGUGCUGUUCUUAGGAAAUUCUAAGUGAUAUCAAAAUACGAAGCACCUUAAGAUUAAUUGACACAAUCGUGACAAAAGGUGAAUCUAAAAAAUGAUGAGUCUUUUGUAAGUUACAAUUUUAUACUUAUUAACCGGCAUAGGUAAGGACCUAUUUUUACAUUUCUUUGAUCCAAAAUCGUGUGAAAGAUUCAAAUUACCUUCUAAAUGUAUUACAACCUGACCUGACAAUGGAGCUGCGUUUAUUUUUAUUAUAAGCAGUUCCUCAAUCAACACUGAACGGUUUGUUUCUUUCAAUCCUUGAUUUUUGUCCCUAGCCCACAUGCACGCAAUAUUGUUUAAUGUAUUCAUACCUGCAGCAGUCCUGUCAAGUGUCAGCCAACGCUCGUCUCUGUCGGCAGAAUGAUGAGUGACGACUCAAGACGGAAUCUAGCCCAGGUCACAACCUCUUCUGAACAUGUACACGAUGCAGCAGCAGCAGCAGACAAGACUCGCUGUGCUCAGCCCGUUUCCCAAGAGCAGGGCAAUGGGUGUGCCGAUGUACCGUCAUACGGCUGCGUUAACUUUAUUCCGUGCUCUCGAACCGCUUGACAAAUGGGCACGCAAGCGCCGGGAUUUCGUCGGAAGCGAAGCCGACGCUUGCCUAGUGGGGUCUAGCAACGUGUGUGACGUGCUAUCCGAACCUAUUAUUUGUCACGGUUAAUAAUGCACGAGCAGCCAGGAAGCGCUGCAGCCAGAGCGUGCAAUCCGCAAUCGGAAGCAAGUUCAAAUCCCGGUCAGAGCCAUUCAUCCCUCGGGGAUAGAUUAAAUAAGAACCACUUCACGGGAAGUCAAUGGUGGUUGUCUUUUGGGUGUGCCUGGGCCCUGGCAUGAGAAUGUGAAAUUCUUAUCACGGGCUUCGUGCUGUGAAUGGAAGUGCGCACUGGCCCUUGCUCAGUUAAGUGACGUAAACCACUUUGAACGAUUCAAACGAUUGCAGAUCGAAGCAUCCCUUUAGUCCCGAUAAUAUUUUCACCGUUGACCUGCUUGCUUUAAACAUCCACUUGCAGGACCAUCAGGUGCGAUUGCAGACUGUGGAUGCCUCCGAGCAUUCUGCAUCAUGGCAAGGUGGUUGGCCGUUCGUUUCCCAGGAAUGUGGUUAAUUUGUGCUCUGCACAGACCGUUAUCCCCUGGUGCAAUGAAUGUGAGUUGCACCCAGAUGCCAAAUGGGGAGAGUUGCUGCGAGGUACAGACCCCUCCAGUGGGGGGGGAGGGGGGUGAGUGUUCUAUUGAGAUCUCCCAUCGGGUCUGCACGUGGAUCUCGAAAAUGUACCGGCUGUUUCGGUACUAUCGCAACAAAAGCUGGUACGCUCCCCCCACCGCUCCAUAUUUGCUCAAGUCUCUAAGGAUAUACACACACAGAUGUCAGUGGCUUGCUGUAUUUCUUUUUUUAAUAUUGAUCAAGGUGCAUUGUGGUUCUUGAAUCAUUGGGGUUAAAUAUGAAUAUGUAUUAUAUUUUUGAGACAGCAUUUACCAAUGCGGUUACAUACUGGUGAUGGUGUAAAUUACAAAACGCUUUAUGAAUGAAGAUCAGUCUUCUCUCUCUCUCUAUAUAUUUUUCUCCUGUGGCUCUUUCCAUACGAAAUACAGUACUGUAUCUAGACGAUGUGUAAUAAUGUAGGAUUACUUCAAAUCGUGUCCAUUGUGCUGUUUGCUAUGCAGCAUGAACUCUCGUGUUGCUUUACCCCUCGCUGAGGAUGUGCUCUGUAAAUCAGCAGACAAAAAUCAAUCCAUCGGCAUCCGCAGAACCCUCCGGUAUUGUAACAAAAAAUCAUGUUGUCCCUUAUCUGUUGUUCUUUUUUCAACAAAUGGUGCACACGUUUCCACUUUGCUGUGUACACACUUACAUAACGGUUACUGAGCACGGCGUUCUUUCCAGUGCUUUGUGUCUCAAAAUGACAACUCCAGAAGGCAAUGCCUCGAUUGUGGUUUUCAUAUCUAGCUGUCCGACGUGUUCCCGGGUUGUACAGCGUGUUUUCCAUCAUGAUGUCUGACGUUUCACAACGUGUGCCGGGAACUUCUUCAGUUUCAGAUAUAAAAAAAAACACAUCGCAGAACUACACGGCACAACCACACAAUCCAACGCAGUUGUAUUUCAUAUGGAUCUUGUCCACCGGUCUGAAUACUUCAGUUUUCACAACCUUCCAAUUGUGUCGGUCAUUUAGUUUCCAGUUGCAUUUCCACUGAGUGGAAGAGUUUGCACAGCACUGUUGAUGAACCCAAGAGCUUCAAUGCAUGGAUCUCUUGUACAAACGCAGAUAACAUUUGGGAGCAGCAGCGCCACACUCCCAUCACGCCGUCUCGGGAGAUGAGCGAGUGGAGUGGCAAUCACCUCCAUUGGCAGCUCUGAGUGAGCAGUGGACUAUCUACAUUCCCAUGGAAGUGGCCAGUCUCUCCACAAGACGGCCACUGUUGAUUUCCCACAUGACUGCUCAUUUUAUAAACCCAACAAGGAAUGGUGGGAGAGGUUGCCGGUUAGAUCUUCUGGCACGGCAGGAGAAACAAUGGCCUUGUUCCUUAAAUCCUCCCCCCGCCUCUGUCCACCUAGUGGAAAGGUGCACCACCGUCGAUCGUCAGGUCGUAUUUUGUGCGGUAAAGUGAGGGUGCUCCCACUUUCGAAGGCAUCUGGACAGCGUGAAUGAGUAGGCCAAAAUAUCACCUGGAGGUCCCUCUAGUGGCGGCCCUUAUGUGAGCAGUGGCAGUAAUUGCAAGGUUUCAACCUGCACUUAUUCGAGUGAUGGGCUGAAGUGACCCCUAAUUGGGAUUUAUACCAUUGCGAAUGCAUUCAAUCCGCUAAACAGUGCCACCUUGUUCCGGUCACAUAAAAGCACGAUCAUUCACCUCAAUAGGCUGUCUGCCUGACUUUGACGAAUCGCCGGGGGAGACUAUUGAAGCAGACGACCAGCGCCACAGCCCGGGCCAUUAUUUCACACUCGGCACUUUGGAUGGGUUUCAUAACGACCGAGGCAUGGAAGGCAGCAGAUGGUUCUGUGCGUAAUUCGCCCAAAUGUCGCCAGUUAUGUCACCAGUUAUGUCAACUUGCCAUGGGCGUGUAAACAUUGAGGGAGAGCGGCAAUUGCCCCACAAGUUUUGGACUGGAGUGCAGCGAAGAAGCCAUAUGCGGUGUCUCACCGCUUGGAUUCUCGAUAUGGCGCACCGAGGCUGCUUGGCCCCCAAAACUUAAAGAUUGCUGCUUGGAGCCUCUUUUAGUCUCACUGCCCUCGUGUUUACCCCUUCCCUACAGCCACGUAGGAGCUGCAACCAGCGUGGCGCCCUCACGACUGUCAGAGGCGAUCAAUCCACUCGCCAGACAUCUGGCUCUGGCUCGGGGUCAAGCAGGGCCAGAGGGAUGGGAUUAAUAAUCGUCAUAACACGCCUAGCAAUGCGUGUGGCGUUUGGCGGCACGGCUUGGGUAACGCAGUGGGAAAAAUAUCCCUGGCCACUCCGGCCCCAGAGCAGCUUGAGUUGAAGAGUGGGAUAGCGGAGGGAUUUGAGUCCUACAAGUGGCUUUGGUGAGCAACACAGAAAACGCCUCUGCACAGUCACCAUUGACAGUAGUUGGCAUUUAGGCACCACUUUUUGGGACGUUAGUGAUUUUUAACUGUCAAACUGGACUCUCCUUCGCACAGGAUUGUGCAACUUCAACCAAUUGUUCAGGACCGCCAACAUAAUCGGCCGUUUCCAAAAUUUGACGUUGUUUAAUGUCCCCGCAUUGUCAUUAAUUUCAAGUCAUGUUGCAAUUUUCUGUAAAAAAAAAAGUGUUGCUUCGGUGCAUUGAUACUCGAGUAUAACAGGGUGUUUUAACUCUCAAUGUAAGGAAAGUUUCUAAUCACUUGUAUUCUUAGCAUUAGUUGGGGGUUUAUAAAUAAAUCUCACUGGAAUUUGGCGAGGUUGGAUCAGAAUCUCGCAUGCCUCGUGUGCUCUGAAAAAAAAAUCCGGCAUUGUCCAAAGCAUUAUUCGCCUUACAUUUCCCCGUUUCGGAGUGGCAGACAGGCACUGGCUAGCACACCAGUUCGAUUCCCAGCCACAGCAACAACAAAAAAAUCAGUGGCGAGCGAUAUCUGAACUAGUUCUUUGAACUCCCCCACACCAAAUCCGCACUAACCAGCAUAAAGUACGGUCAAACAAUUCGCAUCCCUGCCACGCCUUGUUGGAGGCCUUCGUCCGGCAGUGGACUGACAAAAAUUAACCCGUAAAAACAAAGUUUUUCACUAUAAAUCCUUUAUAUGCGUGGCGGCUAGAGUCCUCUCGUCCUCUGGCUUGAGAUGGCUGCCACCUAUGGGUCAGAUGAAUGGCUGGCACCAUUAAGCAAUUGGUAAUUAAAUAUAAUUUAUUUUUUCCUAAAGUGUAAAAUUUUGGGAAAUUUUUUUUCACGAAAAUACAUUGUCACGCACAACGAGUCUGUGUGCAAAAUGUCAGGCUCGAUUGGAUCCCGGGAAGUGGGUUAAAAACGACCGAAAGAUUUGCACGGUUGUAAGCGCGCAAGCAAGCAAGUGAACUUAAUAUAAAUGAUUUAAAAAGGGCUGUCGUCGUUUAUUAUCAAAUACAUUUCUGUUGUACGACGUGGGGCAAUGCCGCCGAUGCGAUGAGCCCGUUCGUUGUUGGCGUGCGUGUCUACGCCACGGCAAACGCGAUCGCUUGCAUCUCAACCAACACAAAACACCACGUGGCUUUCUCUCUGUCAUAACCAGAGGUGUGGACUCGAGUCAUGUGACUUGGACUCGAGUCAGACUCGAGUCAUGAAUUUGAUGACUUCAGACUCGACUUGGACUUGCAUAACAAUGACUUUGUCCCACCUCUGAGGUGUGGACUCGAGUCAUGUGACUUGGACUCGAGUCAGACUCGAGUCAUGAAUUUGAUGACUUCAGACUCGACUUGGACUUGCAUAACAAUGACUUUGUCCCACCUCUGGUCAUAACCCUGCGGGCAUUGAGCUUCAACGCGUCACUGUGUUAUUGCAGUGAUGAAGGACCUAACGCUGAUCUGUGGCAUUUAUAAAAAGUAAAACUAAAUCUGGUAAUGCGUACGAGACACGGGAUUUAUACAGAGCUCCCCCCGAAUGUUGGAUCAACCUCUCGGUAAGAGUAUGAUGCAUUCAUUUUCUCGAGUACCUCUCUUACACGAGUCUCUUCCGUUCAAAUGUAAUCUCCUCCCUCAAAUGCACUUGUAUACAAGCAUUGAUCCUUUCUCAGAUUGGAAGUGAUGUUGCAAUCCCUCAGUAACUGUAUGAAAUUGCUUUAACCAAUGUACUGUAUAUAUCUACAAUGAAGCACACCGAUUGUGUAUAUAUGGGUGAUUGUCAAAGAUCUCACCUUGCCGCCGGUUUUUUUCUUCGCGGCAAGUUAUAAAUAAAAGUAAAAUAAUUGAGCAAAAAAAUACGAGUCGCGGGUGUCGUGUUGCU